AUGCAUUCCACUCCUCUUUCUUCGUUCAUUGUACUGGCAAGUGCAGUUGCUCCUGCACUUGUCAGUGCUGCAAAUGACACUCUUGUCACUGAUAUGAAUUUCAUCUCUCAGCAUUGGGGUCAGAUUAGUACUUACAUGAACAACCCUGCUGACGCUUUUGGUGUUCAAUGGGUUGGUCUGCCUGCUGGUUGCCAGGUCGAGCAAACCCAUACUCUUCAGCGCCAUGCACAGCGUUUCCCUACCAGCUAUAUCGAUGAUGGAAUCUUGACCGAGGAUUUUGCCCAGAAGGUCGUUGACUUCAGGGCCAACCACAGCUCUUCAUUCACUGGCCCCUUGUCUUUCUUGAACUCCUACAAGUAUCAGAUGAAUGAAAGCUAUCUCACUGGUAUCGGCGCUCGUACUGAAUUCUCCUUGGGUGUCGACUUCUGGAACAGAUAUGGUCGCAUUUUGUACAAUGCCACUGCUGGUCAGGUCAGCUACAACCCUGAUUAUGCCAAUGGUACAGCCAGACCUAAGCCAGUCCUUCGUACUACAAGUCAGUCUCGUAUUCGCGAAAGUCAGAUCAACUGGGCCUUGGGAUUCUUCGGUCCCACAUAUGAGACAGUUCCUGUUCCCAAGCUGACCAACUACACUGAUGGUGACUUCUUCGACCUUGUGGUCAUUCCUGAAGGUGGUACUGAGAACAACACUCUUGCGUCCUACGACUCGUGUUUCAACGACGAUCUCACUGGAAUUGGCGACCUUGGUGAUCAAGAUGUCUUCACCUAUAUCCCAAGAUAUCUCAAGAAAGCAACCGCUCGUCUCCAGCAGUACGCUCCUGCAGACUUCAAGUUUACUUACAACAACACAUAUGCCGUGCAACUGCUCUGCGCUUACGAGACUGGUUUCCUCGGAAUGUCCGACUUCUGUGACUUCUUUACCGCAGACGAGUGGGAUGGUUUCGAGCAGACCCUCGACAUCGCCUACUACUAUGAUUACAGCUUCGGCAACCCCACUGGUAGAGCCCAAGGUAUUGGCUACUUGCAGGAGCUCCUUGCCCGUCUUACACACCAAUACAUCACCGUCUCCAACAGCUCUGUGAACAGCACCAUCACCAACAACCCCCAGGACUUCCCUCUUGACCGCCCCUUCUAUGCCGACUUCACCCACGACGACAUCAUCGUCAGUGUCAUGACAGCAAUGUCUUUGGACUAUUUCCGCGAAGCUCCCAGUCUGACUCAGUACCCUCCUAACCCUGAUCGCCACUUCUAUCUGUCCAAGAUGACGCCUUUCGGUGGUCACCUUAUCACUGAAGUGAUCGGUUGCUCCUCUGCCAACCCCACUGCAGUUCAACAAGAACGUGUCCAGUACUACCCCACCCAAUACGGCUACAACCCUUCCAAUGCUACUCACAAGUUUGUCCGCAUGCGUCUGAAUAAUGGUAUCUUGCCCCUGGACACUUUGAGAGGAGGUGCUUGCAAGGGACGCAUCGAUGGUAUGUGUGCUCUGGACAAGUUCGUUGCCAGCCAAAACAACUCGUAUGCAUUGAGCAACUACGACUAUGCUUGCUUCGGCAACUGGACCGUCGCCAAUACCACCAAUGGAAACGAUUACGACGGUACUGUGUACCUGGGUCAGCCUGGUAUAUUGGAGAACACUCAGCCUUUUAGCAGCGAUUAA